AAGAAGUAAGUCAUGGAAGGUUUCUCCCCUGAAAGCAGAUGUCUGAUGAAUAAAACAGAGUCUGGAAAUGACAGAGCUGAUACUGACAAGGAAUGCAAUGGCAAUAACUCGGAAAGAACAGAAAGCACAAAGCAAGAGAUGUUUCUUCCACAAUUCCCUGUUCUACAGGCUUCUGAGUGUGAACACGUUAGACUGCCUGGGAAUCAAAUGAAUGGCAGCUACCAGUGUCUCCGUAAAUUCCGCAGGGCAGUUUUGGUCAUCCAGGUCAUUCGCAAUCUCAUUAAAAUGUACAGGGACUAUGCAGAAUCUAGAGCUGAACUGUUAUCCUUUUCUCGGCUACAGUUCACUGGAUCCAGGACAGAGACUGAAAACCUCCUUUUUGACUGUUCUUAUUUUAAAGCUAAAGUAGAGACAACUAUCAGCCAUGAGGCGCAGGCCAUCCUCUCAGGGCCACCAGAAAACCGAACCUCAGAAGGCAUCAAGCUGGCCAUGCUGUCUUUGCAGGCAACAGUCAGUACUUUCUCUGAAUACCCAGUCCACAUCCAGGAAAAACUGGCUCAGAUGGGUUGGUAUGAAUGUUUCGGGCCUGGAAGAGUGGUCAUCAGGCAAGGCCAUAUUCCGCAGAAUUUCUAUUUGAUUCUCUCAGGCACAGCUGUGGUCACCAAGGUGGCUGUCAACAAACAGACAGGAGAGCUUUAUGCCAACACGGUUGCCUUUCUGAAGAAAGGGAAAUAUUUUGGGGAUGUUGCCAUCUUGACGGGUGCUAGGAGAAACGCCACAGUUAUCUGUCAUGAUACUGUUUCCCUGUUGGCUGUUUCUAGACAGGAGUUUUUAAACAUAUUUCUGAACAGGGAAUCUGGCGAGGGACCAGAUUUCAUGAAUUUCCUGCGCAAAAUUGAACUGCUUUCAGGAUGGCCUGUUGAAAAGCUGCCUUACAAUAACCCCAGAAUUUGUGCUUUCACCUUCUUCAGGCCAGGAACAGUCAUUACAAAGGAUUCAAAGGCAUCAUCCAAAAUUUAUGUGAUCAAAACAGGGAGGCUGCGGGUCCUGAAGGCAAUGACAUCUUCUAAACCUCGGCUAUCAUUAAAGUCUUUUAGACAGUCCCAACUCUACUGUGAGCCCAUUAAUGAUGAAGGGUAUUUGUACGAGGCCCUGACCAAGAGGGAACCUGAGAGUCAGAAGGUUCCAUUCUCAGAAACUUUUAAUAAAGAGGAGUGCCUCUUGCCAGUGCUACAGAAAGAAAAAAGAACAGCUGAGCACCAACAACCAGCAUCAAGGUACACCCAAAAGGCUGUGAUUACGGACACAGAAGAGAGCACUAGAAUAAAGGAAGGAGAGGAAGCUGCACACAAAUACAUUCACAUUCAAACUCUCCAAACAGGUGAUAUCUUUGGCCUGGUGUAUGCAGUCUUUGAAGACACACUUAGCAUGACCCUGGUUUCUGAUGGAGCGGAGUGUAUUGUGAUAUCAAAGGAGUUCUUCAAAAGGCACAUGGAUGAGGACUAUCUCCAUAAAUUAUGCACAGUCGUUCAGCCUUAUCCUUCUAAAGAGAUGCUGGAGAAAAAGAUGCAAGACUACAUGAACUGGAAAGCAUACAAAUCUCUGCUGAUCCAUGGACCACAUUAGCCAUUUUGAAGUUGCUGGUAAUGUCAAGUGUUCAGAAGCUUUAAAAAAUAUCCUCACCAAAAUAUAAUUUAAUACUUGUUUAAAAAAUAUAUAUUGCAUGUGGGAAAGAUGCUUUUUCUACCACUCCUCCAAUUUCCUUUUUUGUUGUAUGUGUUUGUAAACAAAUAUAUGAUGCAGACAUUUUUGUUGUUGUUUUCAAGUAGCUUGAUGCAAACGCUUCCC